GAUGGGCAAGACGCCUGGUCCUGCAGCCCUUCAGGUGGGACUGACACUAGAAGAGAUUAAGUUUUCCAUGGUCCCUUGACCUCGGGUGGGAGAGUCAUCUCGAACACUCGAACACUCCGAAGGCGCGGUGCGGUGGCCCAGCCCGACAAAGUAACUUACCAGGGCCGUAAUCCGUUGCGACACGAACUAUUAUAUAUUGCGACGAACCUCCUUCCGCCACCAUAUUUCAGUCACAUCUGACAUACUCUUGCACUCCCCUUGACAUUGAGCACGCAAACAGAUCGCAUAGUCUUCAAACCAAAGACAACUUCACUUCAAUCUACAAGCAGACCACAAAACGCACCCUCGCAACACCUCAAAAGAAUAAAAAAAAAUGGGCGAACACGACCCCAUCGUAUCGCACGGCCGAGGAGGCCAAGGCAACAUCGGCGCCGACUCAACCGAAUACGUCGACGCCGCCAUCGUCCGUGAAGGUAUCUACGGCGACCAAGGCGACGGCGCCUACUCCGCCGGUCGCGGCGGAGCAGGCAACAUCGGCUCCCCGCACGUCCGUCCCACCUCGAAGGUGCCGCACGACGCGGAAAUGAUCCCCGAGCUGGCGAUCCGGCAGUCCGUCGACGGGGAUUAUCAUACUGGUCGCGGCGGACAAGGCAACGUGCAUCUCGACGAGGAACACCGCAAGGAGAAGGAGAAGAAGCAGCAGCACCGGCAUGAUCAGUAUGAGGGGUUGGCGGAUAAAUUGAAGUAUAAGAUUUUUGGGCGCAAGUGAGCUUGAGGCAUCAGAUUCGCUGUUGGUGGUAGAUAUGGAUUGGAUGAGGUAGAGAUGAGGUGAGGUGGGUUUUCUUUUUUCUGUCUUGGGCUUGGAUUUUUUUCUUGGUUGAUUCCCUGGUU